UUUUCAUAUAAAAUAUUCUGUGAAAUGGGUAGAUUGUCAAACAACAAAUCUUUCAUCCAGACUUUACGUCAAAUGUUCAAUGAGACUAAGCAGUGGGGAUCAGUCACAGUCACAUUCAAACGUUUAUUCGAGGAAAAUUUUAAGAGCAAAGCUAGUAAAAAGAAGGAAAGAGCUGAGGAUAGACUCCGACAAGUCGAAGAGAACAAGGAGAAGCCCUUCUCCAUACUUGUCAGAGCUAAGAAUAGUAGGAAGAGCUCCUCUACUAAUGUAACUCCUGAAGAUAUGGAAUAUUUCUAUAAAGAAAUCAAGGAAAUCAUGAAUAAAGCCAUGUCUUUUGAGGGCACUGGAAAGAAAAGAGAGCAGAAAGAAAUCAAUAAAUAUAGAGAUGAGCAUGGUGAAGGACAGAAUACGCAGAUAGCACCAACCAAAAAUAGGAGUGAGAGAAGGAAAGAGAUUAGGAGAGCUAAAAGAAAAGAACUGAAAAAGCAGCUUAAGGAGCAGAGAAAGCAAGCAGUAUAGUGUAUCACAACUUAUUAUGAUAUUCAAUAUA